AAUCACACAUGCCAGCCUGACCAGCCCCAAUAGUCUUCACGUGAGAUCUAACCCACCGGUGACGCUAAACCUCCGGCCAACUCAAUCUUGUCUGCUUGCCGGUCCUGCCUCUGUCUGCCACGUGGCAUCUUCCUCCCUCACAAGUCACCACCUAUGCUCCUUCCUCUCUCAUUAUUCGCCACGUUCUCUCUCCUUAUUUCCCGAACUACCCUUCACGUAAGGGUCCGUUUCGGCAGAAACUAUAACCCACCAUGCGCUGUCAUGUUUACUUGUUAUCACUACACGACACUUCCUACGUGGACUUAGAUUCUUGAUGCUGUCUUCUUCUUCUUCCUUUAGUAUAUAUAAACUCGUCACAAGGUCGUCUCUUUCAAUUCACAAUCACAACUCUUAAGAAUAAAUUUAAACUCACGAGUCAAGUCAGAGAGUUAAACGUUUUCAAAGACACUUAAACUAAAAAUGGGAGCGUGCGCUUCACGUGAAUCUUUGAGGAGUGAUUCAGCGAAGCUGAUAUUACUCGACGGUACUUUACAGGAGUUCUCAUCUCCGGUCAAAGUUUGGCAGAUUUUGCAAAAGAACCCUACGAGUUUCGUCUGUAACUCAGACGAAAUGGACUUCGACGACGCAGUUUCAGCUGUCGCCGGCAACGAAGAGCUCCGAUCAGGGCAGCUCUAUUUUGUCUUACCUCUGACGUGGCUCAACCAUCCGUUAAGGGCGGAGGAAAUGGCGGCCUUGGCCGUGAAAGCUAGUUCGGCGUUGACCAAGAGCGGUGGCGUCGGUUGGGUUUCCGGCGACGACGAUGUAACGACAUCGGAAAAAACUUACCAAAAGAAAAACAUUGCCGGAGUUAAGACAAACGGUGGUGGCGGAAGAGGUUGCGGUAAAGGGAAGAGGCGAUUCACGGCUAAUUUGAGCACGAUCGCCGAGUAGGGUCAAUUUAGUCAUUUUGAGAAAAAUGGACCGACGUAUAAAUUGUAAUUAGAAAUGUUUGACUUUUUUUUUAUGGAGAACAAAUUAUCCAGUAGAUGUUUUUUUUUAUUGCUCAGUAAUUGAGAAAUGGGCACGAGGAUGAAGAUAUUCCAUUGAUGUGAUUCCAAUCUUAAUAACAUUGCAAUUUCGUAGCUAUAUAAAUCAUUUCAUGUGUAAUAUUAUCCAUCUUGUU